UAAAACCAAAAGAAGGAGAAGAAGAAGAAAAAAAAAGUGGACGAAGACGAAGAAGCAUUCGAACGGGAAAAUGGCUGCAUCGAGAGAGUUUUUUUUUAUUGGCGUUUUCUUUUUCUCGGUAUUUUGUAUUGCAUCAUGGAAGUUUUCAUUAAUAGGUGUAAAGGAUGCAGUGAGGUUAGCAGGACGUGGGCUGUUGAUGCUCGGUGUGUUGACUUGGUUGAGCUCUUGCUUCUACCCCAAGCUGAAAUCUUACCUGUGUCCAGCGACUCCAUCGCCAGUGGAAGGUCCAGCUGAAGAUCCACACAAUAGAGUUAAACUGGAGAAAGCUAGAAAGGAGCAACAGCAUCAACACAGCUUUAAGUCAGACGGAUACCUGGAAGCAGUGGUGAAACCUCGACAGGGAGCAGUGCUCAGGAAGAAAGAGGAAGGCUUCUAUCGUAUGUCAGGACAAAGCUGGAAACUUAGCCAGGGUUUCCCACUCGGAGGGCUAAUGAUGCAGGAGGAACAGGUGAUGGCACAUACCACUGCCGAUGAUGACACUCCUAACCACAUGGCUGCAAGGAAGCGAAAGGAGCUAGAGGUGCCGAGUCCAGUUCCCGUCCAGACACAACUGCUGAAAGAAAAAAAGAUCAUAACCUUACCUGAUGAACCUUCAGAAGAUGCUAAUGGGGUUGUAAAAAUUGCUCUGAGAUUUCCCAGCGGAAGAACAGUCCAGAGAAGAUUUUUAAAAACAUGCAGAUCUACAGUCCUUUUAGACUGGUUGCACAAGUCUGGAUACUCUCCCACUCUUUAUGCUUUGUACACGUCUUACCCCAGACGGCCGCUGCCCACACGAACGGACCUCAGCGUGGAAGAUGUUGGGAUUGUCGCACACACCGUCCUUAACGUGGAGGAAAAAGACCCGUCCUAAUAUCAAUACCAAGCAGCGGAGUCGAGGCACCUGGACCUUUAUUUAUAAUGGAAUAUUAGAUGGCCUUCACGCUUCCAAUAAAAGUCCACCCUUUUGAUGGAACUCUUUGACCCAAUUAAAUAGAAAACUCUAUAGAUUGCAGUUACUUCUGGACAUUUCUGUAACAUUUUAACUUGACAUAUUUUUUGUAUUCUUUAUUGCAGGAAAAAAAAAAUCUAUAAUGAAGAAAACCCACUAGGUUUAAACCUUACAAAUCUAUUGACUGAUGUAAAGACUUAGAUGGGCAAUGUAGCAGUUUGAUCUCGUGCACCAUGCUAUGCUUUUCUGUACUUUAUUAGAACUUGCUGGCAAUAUGUUAGUCCUGUCUGAAAAGUAUUGAAACGGCAAGGAAAAAACUGUAUAUUUUUCUAUACGCUGCAGCCACUUGGGUUUGAGAUCGAAAGAUAAAUGAGACAAUGAGAAUUUCAGCAUUCAUGUAGUGAUGUUUACAUCUAGAUGCGGUUAACAACUUAAUGUUGUGGUUAAAUUCUACCCAAUUUGUAGGUUAGCAAAAGUAGAAAGCAGAAAUUCUGUUGAUCCCAAACUAAAAUGUACACGAACAAGAACCGUCCUUACUGUUCCAAUACUUUCAGUAAGACUGUGAUAAGGAUAUGAAAUGUUUUGCUAAUGAAUAUGCUGCUAUAGGAAAAGUCAGAUUAAUGUUAAUGAACAAAUCACUAGGUAUACUCCUUACAUGCUAACUGUAUACAGCCUGCAGCAUUGGUUCAGUCAGGUGAUUUUGUAUAACCACUAAUUACAGGAAAUUCAAUUCAAUAAAAUUGGUACUAUAUUUGCAGCAGAACAGUUUCAUAAGCGUGUUUAUCAAAAGGUAGCUGUUGCUUACAGUGAAAACAACAAUGUUUACAUGACAUCACAGUUCCUGAAAGAGGGUUUGGAAAGAAAAAACAAACCUCACCUUCGGAUUAUGGCUUCAGCUUUAGUUAACUUUGCCCUACAUAGGUUUAAACCGUGCUGGAAGAUUAUGGGUCGCACUAAAGGAAACCAUUAAUGCUUAUUAGAACCUUCGAAUUUUUUAAGAAAGCAAAAAAAGAACAGCAGCUGGUUCUCUUAUGGUGGUUUGUGCUUUAAACAUCAGACCUCACCCAAAGUUACACAUUUGUGAUCAUACAACAGAUUCCAAGAAAAAAAACAAACACACACACCAAACAUUUAUUUGGAGUAGCUUGCAAUAAAAGGACUUUAUUAGUUCAAAUACACCAAAGAAGAGGCAAUCACUUUAUGACAAAUACACAGAAAAGACAGUGAACACAAAAGAUGGUAGACAAAGAGAUAGACGGUUGAGUUAAGAUAGGGCUCCAUAUACAUGAAAGCAUACACUCCCAAAAAGGAAAAGGCUCCUCCCUCAGAUUAAGCAUUCAUACCCAAUAGUAUAGUGUUCGGUGAAGACAGCAAAGGAUGUAAGCUUGUGCACUUGUAUAAAAUGUUACCUUAUUUCACAUGCCUGGCAUUGCCAACUUAAACAACAUUUGUCCAGUGAUACUGAAGGGGGUAAGCUAGAUAUCAGAUUUUUUUUUUUUUUUUUGCUCAGUCAUGUACAUUUCAAGAACAAA